GCUUUAUGCAUCAAAUGAGCUUUAUUCGUGUUUUUUCUUCCUGGAAAGCAGCACAAGAUAAUAUUGUUUUAUUGUACUAUUAGUUACCGACCAUUCACAUAUUCGUGUUUUCAUGAUUAAACUUCUCAGGUACUUAGUUUUACGGCUCCACAAUAACUAUAGCAUCAACAACGUCCAUUCUUAUAUCCAAAAUUAGUAUGGAUUCUGUAAAAUCGGUUAACUUAUCUAUACAGAAUAAUGUAAUUCAGCCACUCUUUAUUUCUUCUGGCUCUUCGACUUUACACGAAGCACUAGAGCGGCUAAUCGAAACUGCCAAAACUUCCGAUGGACGUUUAUCCCUUUCUUCCAAAGAUAUUAUCAAACCAGCCCUCGAACUUUGCCAAUAUCCUUUACGAGUCCCACACCAAGAACUUCUUUUAGCCGUAAAACUACUUCGAAACUUGUGUGCAGGUGAAAUUAAAAACCAGGACCUAUUUAUCGAACAAAACGGCGUUGGUAUUCUUUCAACCCUCGUUGGUUCUGUGUGUUCGAAUUCUGGUUCUGAUAAUGAGAUACUUCGUAUGGUAUUGCAAGCGUUGGGAAAUGUUUCGUUAGCCGGUGAAAAACAUCAAGAAGCUGUGUGGGCCCAGUUCUUCUCCCUUGGAUUUAUCGAUAUUGCUCGAGUUCAAAGCAAGGAAACAUGUGAUCCUUUGUGCAUGGUUAUCUACACUUGUUCCGAAGGUAGUAAUGAAAGAUUGGUUGAACUGCUUUCCGAUCAAGGGCUGGGUAUCAUUGUAGAAAUCGUACGAACAGUUACAACAGUCGGUUUUAGUGAGGAUUGGGUGAAAUUGCUACUCUCAAAUAUCUGCUUUGACGAAUCCUAUUUUUCGUCAAUUUUCUCUAAAUCAUCAAUGGUAGUGAUGGGCGUGAUUUCAAACGAUGGGGAAAAGGACGUGGGAGACCAUAUGUGGUUCUUCGUUGUGAGCGUGGGGGUGUUUAUGUUGCGAAUAAGGUGGCAGUUAAAGAUGACCAAAGACUAGGAAAAACGAGCACCUUUUAAAAAAAAAUGCAAUUGUCCAUUUAAAUUGAAGGGCACGAAAUUAGGCACUUAUGAGCAACCCAAAUAACACUUUACCGCAAAUUAAA